AACAAAUGGCUCCAAGCGUUUGUCUUUUUUCUCCCUUCCAUCUUCACCAUGGACAUGGACGCCCACCAUUGCCACUCCUCCAUCAUCCUCCUUCUCCCUUCCUCCAUCCAGUGCAAAUCAAUCUUCGCCGCCAAACCCUAAAUCUGCUCUUUACCCACACUUUAGUAAUCCAAAAAUGCAAAAAGUGGUGGAUGGUCUCAUUAAAGAUUUGGAUGCUGAAAGCUUGAAGAGAAGAGGGAAACCAAGGGAUGAGAAAAUGGAGAAGAUUGAGGCGAGUCUUGCCAGAGCUAGAGCUUUGAUUAGAGAAGCCAUAGUCAAUGGCAGCCAGCAAUUGCCUCUUCAUGACGCAGACUACAUUCCUCAAGGAGAAAUUUACAGGAGCCCUUCAGUGUUUCACAGGAGUUACCAGUUGAUGGAGAGUCUCUUCAGAAUAUUCGUGUACGAAGAAGGGGAGCCUCCCUUGUUUCACUAUGGACCUUGCAGGGACAUAUACUCAUUGGAAGGGAUAUUUUUAGGCUUAAUAGAGAAAAACACACGAUUCCGGACCUAUAAUCCUGAUGAAGCUCAUGUAUACUUCCUUCCUUUCAGUGUAGUAAAGAUCCUUGAGCACCUUUUCGAUCCAAUUAGCCGUGAUAAGGCUGUUCUAGAACGUGUAAUUGGCGAUUAUGUUCGUAUAGUUUCUACCAAAUAUCCGUACUGGAAUAGAAGCUUGGGAGCUGAUCAUUUGACGCUUUCCUGCCAUGAUUGGGGGCCUCGUGCUACAUGGUAUGUUCAUCAGUUAUACUUCACUUCCAUUCGAGCUCUAUGCAACGCGAAUACUUCUGAGUUCUUCAACCCCCGGAAAGAUGUUUCAUUCCCUGAAAUUAACCUCCAGACUGGAGAUAUUGCCAUAGUUACCGGAGGAUUGUCCCCAUCAAAUCGAACAAUUUUAGCAUUCUUUGCCGGUGGAUACCAUGGACGAAUUAGGCCUGCACUUUUUCAGCACUGGAAGAAUAAAGACAGUGACAUUCAAGUAUAUGAAAAACUGCCAGGGAAUUUAUCUUAUCAUGAAAUGAUGAAGAAAAGCAAGUAUUGUCUGUGUCCAAGUGGUCAUGAAGUUGCUAGUCCAAGAAUUGUGGAGGCAAUCUAUGCAGAAUGUGUUCCAGUAUUGAUCUCACAGGACUAUAUUCUUCCUUUUAGUGAUGUUCUUGAUUGGAACUCUUUCUCCAUUCAGGUUUCAGUGAGUGAAUUGCCAAACCUGAAAAAGAUUUUGAUGGGAAUUUCAGAAGGUAAACAUAGAAAAUUGCAUGAGGCAGUGAAGCAAGUACAGAGGCAUUUUAUGAUAAAUGAUCCUCCCAAGAGAUAUGAUGUAUUUCACAUGAUAAUUCACUCCAUUUGGCUCCGAAGGUUGAAUGUCAAAAUAUAUGGUUAA